AUGGCAGUCAUUGAUUUGAAUAAUGACAGCAAACCAGAUAUAGUUACAGCAAGCUCCUUCAUGCAAGCUGUUAGUGUUCUUCUCAAUACGGGCAAUGGUCGCUUUUCCCCGCCAAUGAAUUUUUCAACUAUAUAUGCCCCACUGACACUAAUAGUAGUCGAUAUCAAUAGUGAUAACAAGCCUGAUCUAGUUCUAACAAGUGACGUUAAAACUAUUGUUAUUGUUCUUCUGAAUACAGGCAAUGGUGCAUUUUCUUCUCCAAUUAUUAUCAAAAUUGGGUCUGGCCAAGUCUCAGUGGCAAUAGUCGAUGUUAAUAAUGAUAACAAGCCUGAUAUAAUUACGGCAAAUGGGAAUACAAAUACUGUUAGUGUUCUUCUAAAUACAGACAAUGGCACAUUUUCUUCUCCAAUUAGUAUCAAUACUGGAGGUGAUUCCAACUCAAUGGUUGUAGUCGAUGUUAAUAGUGAUAACAAGCGUGAUAUAGUUACGGCAAGUGGGAAUACAGAUACUGCUAGUGUUCUUCUAAAUACAGACAAUGGUACAUUUUCUCCUCCAAUUAUUAUCGAAAUUGGGUCUCGUGCACACUCAUUGACAGUAGUCGAUUUCAAUAAUGAUAACAAGUCUGAUAUAGUUACGGCAAAUAGGUAUACAAAUACUGUUAGUGUUCUUCUAAAUACAGACAAUGGUACAUUUUCUCUUCGAGUUAUUAUGAAAACUGGAGGUAGUCCAUUUUCAGUAGCAGCUAUCGAUGUUAAUAAUGAUAACAAGCCCGAUCUGGUUACGGAAAAUAUUGAUGGAAAAACUGUUAGUAUUCUUCUAAAUACAGACAAUGGUACAUUUUCUUCUCCGAUUAUUGUCGCAACAGACAGUAUACAAGGAUCAUUGACAGUUGUCGAUGUUAAUAAUGACAACAAGCCUGAUAUCAUUACAAAGACCAGCUAUCCAAAUUCUGUUAGUGUUUUUCUCAACGCAGGUAAUGGUACAUUUUCUUCUAAAACAAGUUUCGCAGCUCACUCCCCAUCUUCUUCAAUCGCGGUCAUCGAUGUCAACAGUGAUCAUAAGCCUGAUAUAGUUGCAAAACAUGUCAAUAAAAAUACUGUUACUGUUCUUCAAAAUACAGGGAGCGGUACAUUUUCCUCUCAAAUAGCUGUCCAGAUUGGUCGUAGAUCUUACGCAGUAGCAGUUGGUGACGUCGAUAAUAACAAUAAGCCUGAUAUAGUUACAGCAGACCGCGAAGAAAAUACUGUUACUGUCCUCUUCGUCGCAGACGAUGGUUCAUUUUAUUCUCAAAGGUCUUUUACAACCGAGACUAACCCAGAAUCAGUAAUGGUCGUUGAUGUCAACAAUGACAGUAAACCAGAUAUAAUCACUGCAAAUGGUGGGGAAAACAGCGUUAGUGUUCUUCUGAAUAUAGGCAAUGGCACAUUUUCCUCUCAGAUAGCAUUCGCAACUGGGUCUGUUCCUACCGCAGUAGCAGUCGCUGAUGUAAAUGGUGACGAUAGACCUGAUAUUGUGACUGCAAGUUUUAACGGAAACAGCGUUAGCGUUCUUCUCAACACAGGCAAUGGUACAUUUUCUUCUCAAGUUGCUUUUGCUGUUCAAAUAUCGCCGAUGGCAAUGGUAGUUGUUGAUGUAAAUGGCGACAGUAAACCUGAUAUAGUUACGGCACAUAAGGAUGAAAAUACUGUUUGCGUUCUUCUCGGCGCAGGUGAUGGUACAUUCUCUUAUAGAAUGUCGUUUGCAGCGAGUAAUAAUCCACGAUCAUUAGCAGUCGUUGAUAUCAACAAUGAUCGUAAGCCGGAUAUAGUCAUGGGAAGUACUGAUACAAAAAGUGUUGGUGUUCUCUUUCAUUGUUGA